UUGUUGUUUAUUUUAUUAAAUUUUUUUCUAAAGUAAGGGAUAAUUAAUUUUAGUUCAUUAUUGCCAAACAGAAGUUAGGAUCAUCCACUGGAUUUAUCUCGCUAUUCGCUCCUUUCUUUUUAAUGUACUAUAGUACAGAAUAGUAGUAGUUCUACGAAUACAACAAACGAACAUUUACAUUAUAAAAUCACAAUGGAUUGAGGGCACCUAGUCAAUUCUAUAAAGAAGCAAGUCGCCUUAAUAUCUAGCGGCCUCUCGCGCCAGGACUUUGAUAUAUUUCCUAAAGAAUUUUCCCGACAACAGCGUGUGCUUGAUUGUAGGAGAAAGAGGACUCGGGAUGGUGUCUAUAGAAUAAAGGAAAAUGUUUAAUCGCUUGCGGCUGAAAACGUGUAUAAUACUCACGAUAUUAUUGUGGGCUUUUUAUAUUGCAUUGAAAUCACAAUCGAGGGACCACAGUAUGAACUUUUUCAAGGCAGAUCGCACUGUGCCGACCAUUCUCGCCCAACGCAUGCACUCUCUACCCAUGGACCAAGUGACAAAUUAUCUUCGUACCACUCUUUACCUAGGGCAGGUCCAUGGGAAUAAACCGCUAUUUCGUCAGUUGAAGCAGACUCGGUCUUUGUUCGAGAAAAGCUUCACUCACAUUUUUGAGCCAGGGGAGUCCUCGACGAAGAUUACCCAUACCGAACGUCAAAACAAUAGAUUCCUAGAAACCUAUUUGAAAAAAGCGUCAUUGCAAACAUACUAUAAUCCAUUUUUAAAGGUGCAGAUGACUGCAAGCCACGGAUGUGGUGAUGCACGUAUGUUUGAUGCUGUAAUGGCUGUACAUUCGGCUCCUUUAAACUUUGAGAAAAGAAAAGCUUUUCGCUGGCUGUAUACAGAUCAGAAGAAAACAUUUCCAUAUAAGAUAAAGGUCAUCUUUUUCUUAGGACAAGUCCUUGACUCUGCCUUACAAUCAAGGCUUCAAGCAGAGAAUUGGCAGUUUGGUGACACCGUCCAAGGUUCUUUUAUUGAUUCUUAUUUCAACCUCACCUACAAAGCUAUUUUUGGAUUCCACUGGGUCAACAGUUUCUGUAAAGAUCUCAAGCUGCUGCUUCGCAUCGAUGACGACGUGUUUUUUCUUGUCCAAAAUUUUUUUCAUCUUUGGAACAGCUCAGAAAGAAUCAGCACAAUCAUGUGCGACAUUGUCAAAAAUGACACGGUUAAAAGGAAAGGAAAAUGGGCUGUUUCUAUCUCAGCAUUCGCUGAAACCAGAUAUGCGUUUGACAGAUGUCUGGGCUACUUUGUAGCAAUAUCAUCAGAUUUGAUUUCAAAUGUAACACAGGCGGCUCUUACUACACAAUUCUUUUGGAUUGAUGAUGUAUUUAUGUUUGGGUUCGUGCCACUUAAAGUUGGGAAAAUUCAAAUAAUGACCAUCAGACAAAUAUCCUAUAGGACCAACCUGGGUGGAUUUGAGCAAUGCUUUAAACUUAGAGGACGCCAAUGUCCACACUGGAUGGCUAUUGUAAAUCACACGAAAUUCAAGCAGAUUUAUCAAUUAUUAUAACAAUAAAAAAACAAAGCAAACUGAA